AUGGACCACACUCCAGGAGCCUUCCCAACCACGCCCCUAGCCCAAGACCCUUCCUCCCAGCAACACCAUCAGCUCGGCGAAGUCGACCAUACCCCUGGAGCAUUCCCCACCACGCUCGCAGCCGAAGACGAGUCCUCCUCCUCCUCCUACAACCAGCACCGCGAGCCCAACAAGCUGCACAAGCGAGAAGACCCCCGAGGCUGGAGUCAGGAAGAGCAGCUGAAGGAACUGCCGCUACGAAACCAAUCCCAGGCCCAGCACCAGCACCAGGACUCGGGCAUCGGCAUGGCUGACAACAACCCCCCACGCCGUACUGUCGGCAUGACUGACAGUACGGGACUCGGCGCCAGCCGCAAGCCUGCUGUCAUGACGGGUGCUUACAGCCGCGUCCACGGCGAUGACCAGCCUAGCGGCCAGCAACACCAGCAGCAGCAGCCUAGUGAGAGCAUUGGUACUAAAGUUAGCAAUAUGGGCUCAGCUGCUCUUGCCUCAAUUACCGGCUCAGGCCAACAGCAACCCUCGCAACAGACCACCAGCGGCCAGCAACAGACGCCCGGUCAGGACAGAGGUGGCAUCGGUGCCUCCGCGCUCUCCCCGCUCACCGGCUCUGGCCAACACCAAUCUUCGCACCAGACCACUCCCGGCCAGCAGCAGACAUCUGGUGAGGACAGAGCUGGCAUUGGCGCCUCCGCGCUCUCCCCUCUGACCGGCACCAAGUCCGGCUCCAGCUCCGUGUACCCGGAAGAGCAGCCCUCGCGCCAGACAAGUUACCCCAGUCAGCAGCAGACGCCCAGCGAGAGCCGAGGUGGCAUCGGCGCCGCCGCGCUCUCCCCGCUGACCGGCACCAAGUCCGGUUCCAGCUCCAUGUACUCGGAACAGCAGCCCGAGUCCAGCCAGCACCAGCACCAGACCCAAGGCCUCGGUGUCGGUCAGCACGACCCCGCCAUCUCGUGCGAGGAUCACGAGCACGAGCACGACCUCAACACAGUGCGCAGCGGCCUGAGCGACAAGUCAAAUGUCGGGCACAGCGACCCCUACUGGGGCGACGUGCCGUACGGCACGGGCGUCUACAACGGCGUCAAGGGACACGGCAGCGACGAGGUGCCGCCUCCCACACACGAACACCAUCGCAGCCCCACGGAUGCCCACGAGCAGGGCCAGCAUGAGGGCCAGAGGGCUAUCCCGCUUGGGGGAUCCUCCGGUAUUUACAAUAAUGUAAUAGGGCACGGCAGCGACGAGGCGCCUGCGGACUCUCACCAUGACCCUCUGGGGCAGCUGGACGACCAGCGGGCUGCUCCGCCCGGUCACGAAUCCACUGCUGGGUCUACGCCCCUGGACCCUAACUUUAUGCAGCAGCACCGCCAGCAGAACAGGGACUCGCACCUCAAGGAAGGACUUGCGGGCGCCGGAGCGGGUGCUGGUGUCGGGUACGCGGCGCACGAGCUGGCGGACCGACAUCGCGGCGACCGCGACCCGCAGGGCGAGCUCCAGCAGCAGCGCUCGAACGUAGACAACAGGUACGAGCAGCCUGAGGCGCAGAGGGAGAGCCACGUUGGCGCUGGUGGACUAUACUACGGGGACGCCCUUACCGACGCCGAGAAGAAGGAGAGAGGGAUCAAGACGCACGAGCACGAGCACAGGCACAAGGAGCCCAAGGAAGAGAAGGACUUCAACCUUGGGCACCUCCAGGAGAAGGACAGAUCUACCGAGGACCCCAGCAAGAGCCGCCACGAGAAGGAGGCUGGUAUGGCUGCCGCGGGCGCCGCUGCCGCUUACGGCGCGCACGAGCAUGACAAGGACAACAAGCACGAGCCUACCAAGACCCACGAAGAGUCUCCGAAGGAGAAGAAGGGCGGGUUCUUGAGCUCGCUGUUCCACCGCGGCCACAAGGACGAUCAUCACGAUGACAAGGCCACCAAGGCUACGCCUGCCCACCAUGACAAGGGCGAGGGCUUCAAGGAUCCGUUCGUGGCUGCUGGGUACCACAAGCCGGGCGAGAAGUCGACGCAUGACAGGUCUCCUACUUCAGCUGUUCCCGGCGAGAGGCAGCACAACCAGCACGACAACAAGCUCGGAUACGCUGCUGGUGUGGCUGGACUCGGAGCCGGUGCCACUGGCGUGUAUGCCGCGCACAAGCACGGCGAGAAGGAUGAGGGUAGCCCUACUGAUGCGAGUGGUCGCGAUCGGGAGGAUCCCUACCGUGCGGCUUCGGUCGCGGCAUCGGGUUCCCCGCAGACCAACAGGUCGCAGGCUCCUGGACAGCAGUACGACCAUCUGGCGUCCGGCACGCCUUCGGGCGUCGACCUAGGCCACAGCAGCUCGCACUCAAAUAUCGGUGCCAACCGUGGGUCCACCGACUCGGCGCAUGGCGGGAUGUACAAGACUCUCUCAUCGGGCACGCCUUCGGGGGUCAACGUUGAGCCCAACCAACGCCACCACCACCACCACCAUGAGUCCGGCAGACAGUCGUACGACCCGACUUCUUCCGCCACGAGCCCUACCGCUACUGGCGACAGAUACGGCGACCACUCCGGUGCCAAGGCCGCUGCGCUCGGCGCGGCUGGUGCCGGCGCUGGUGCCGCGGGGUACCAGCAGUAUGCGCAGCGUGACCAGCGCGAACCCGAACUACAACAGCGCGAGAUGUCGCAGCCGGAGCAGAAGCGCUUCGCCGGCCUCGACGAGCUGGAGAAGACGCGGAGCAGCGGUAGUUUGCCCGGCGCGGGCGGUGCCGGAAGCGGACUCGCGCCCAGCGGACUGAGUGGAAACGGCUACGGCGGUGGAAGUGGAAGUGGGAGUGGUGGGUUGGGUGGCAGGGCGCCGGUGUUGCAUAAGUGCAAGAAUUGUGGUGAGGAUAAUGAUAUUAGCUCUUACUUCCAGAAAUAA